AUCACAAUGAACACCCAAAAGGUCUUUCCGACUGCAUCACGAGGAAAAUACUACAGCAUUUAAACACGAUGAUUGCUGAUUGGGGUGGGGCUUUGAUUGGAUUGGAUUGUAGUUGUAGAUGCCUAAACAUUUGAUAUCAGUUGGAUCGAUGGUUCUUUGGUUGUCGUUUCUGGAAUUCCAAUUUUUUUCCUCGUGAAAAUUAUUAAAAUUUCCCAACUUUUGUCUUCUUAUCUUUCAUAUUCUCUCCUUUAUUCUUUCGGUCAAAAGAAAAAACCCAGUCUUUUCUUCUUUUAUUAUCCGUCCCUUUGUGAAGAAGGGCAUCGCUGCAACUCUCGAUCCCACGAGCACGAAACAAUGGAGAAAAUAGAGCAUACAACAGUGGCCACAAAUGGCAUAAACAUGCAUAUUGCUUCAAUCGGUACUGGCCCAGUGAUUCUCUUCCUCCACGGCUUCCCUGAGCUCUGGUACUCUUGGCGCCACCAGCUCCUCUCCCUUUCCUCCCGUGGCUACCGCUGCAUCGCCCCUGACCUUCGUGGUUUUGGCGACACCGAUGCUCCUCCAUCUCCAAGCUCUUACACGGCCCUCCAUAUCGUGGGGGACCUCAUCGGUCUCCUCGACUCGCUGGGCAUCGACCAGGUGUUCCUAAUUGGUCAUGACUGGGGAGCCGCCAUGGCGUGGUGGUUUUGCGUCUUAAGGCCUGAUAGGGUGAAGGCGCUGGUCAACAUGAGUGUGGUGUUUGGUCCAAGGAACCCAAAAGUGAAGCCUGUAGAGUGGUUCAGGGCUCUGUUUGGCGACGAUUACUACAUCUGCAGGUUUCAGGAACCCGGAGAAGCCGAGGAAGAUUUUGCUCAAGCUGGUACUGAGAAAGUGAUGAAAAGGUUUCUUACUUCUCGUAAUCCAAAUCCUCCUCGUAUACCAAAAGAAACAGGAUUCAGAGGUUUACCUGAUGUAACAAGCUUGCCUCCUUGGCUCUCGCAAGAAGAUGUCGAUUAUUAUGCAAGCAAAUUUGACCAGAAAGGAUUCAAUGGAGGACUGAACUAUUACAGAGCACUUGACCUAACCUGGGAGCUCACCGGGCCGUGGACUGGCUUACAAGUCAAAGUACCAACGAAGUUCAUCGUGGGGGAUCUGGACAUCACCUAUAAUAUCCCAGGCACGAAAGAAUUUAUUCACCAUGGCGGCUUCAAAAAACAUGUACCAUUUCUGCAAGAUGUGGUUGUAAUGGAAGGAGUAGCCCACUUCGUCAACCAAGAGAAGCCGGAUGAAAUCAACGAGCACAUUUAUGACUUCAUCCAGAAGUUUUAAUGGGAUUUCCACUCUCCCUUUUGCGCUCUGAUGCUUGGAUUUCCAUGUGGUUGGAUAGCAAAAAAUAACCCAAGUGGUCUUUCUCUGACACUUCUGCUUCAGCUUACUUGUUUUUCAUCCCACUGUUUGUGUUUUCUGCAGAUACAAGUAGAAUGCAGAAAUAAAUGGUGAACCUUUCGCAUUGUCUGGGAACCUAAUUUGAAACAGAAUAAAGAUUGUGGAACUUUGCAUUUUAGUUUGUUGAUUAUGUUGUUUUCUUUAAUUUCA